AUGAUAUGGGGAGCCCAAGGUGGAUCCUUCGAUCCAUCAGGUGGUCAUGGUGCUUACUCAGAAGCAAUUCUGAUUCUUGAUAAAAUAAAAACACUUUACGCAUAUGUUGGAGCUAAAGGGAUGUGCGGAAAUUCAGAAUUUACCACCGGACAGUUUGAAGGUGGCAAAAACAAGAUUUGCUUAAAAAGUUCCUGCACUGGAGGAGCUGCGACAUUCAUAUCGACUGAUCCAUAUGGAAAACACAUCCUCCUUGUCUCUGGUGCAGGAGGUGGCUCUGGGUAUUAUAAAAACGAGUUCUUUGGAGACGUUGGAGGCCCAUUCGCUGGCGAUGCUCUCGGAGAUGCGACAAAUUUGGACUCAGAAAAUGCCAAAAAGGUUCGAGGCAAAGGAGCAACAUCAUCUCGUCCAGGAGAUGGUGGAGUUUAUGUUGGGGCCACUGGCUGGGAUGCAAUAAACGGAACAAAGCGAAAAUAUUUGAAAGGUGGUGAUGCUGCUUGCAGCGCAGAGGGAUCAGCUGGAGGAGGGGGAUAG